AUUGCUGUUUAUUUUGAUUCAAUCAACAUGGAGAAACCGUGUUGGUCAGAACCGUCAGAACGUUGCUCAUCCACUUCAUUAUCCUGCCCCACCUUCAUCCCGAACACCGUCCGCCCACUUGCACGGCCCUCCUCUUGUCUUUAAGAGCCUCUCUUUCUCGCUCUAUGCUCGUCAACCGAUUCUUUGAGCGUGUUCGCCAGAUUUUCCCAUGCAUUUAUAAACCCCCUUUCCCUCAUAAAAUGGAGGUCACGGCCCAAAACUUUAAGGCUGUUCUGCCUAUGGUAGAAAAGGCGAUUGAUGAAGCCCAAUUCGUGGCCAUUGACGGUGAAUUCACAGGCUUGAAUCUGGUCAAGCCCGUGAGCGCCCUUGAUUUGCCCCUUGAGCGAUAUGAUGCUCUGCGGGAAAGUUCCCGCCAAUUUCUCCUGGUUCAAUUUGGCCUUUGUACUUUCCAUUAUGAUUCUAAGAAAGAUUUGUACACGAAUCGAGCGUUUAAUUUCUAUGUUUGGCCACGCCCUUACACGCGAAAUGCGCCGGAUUUGCGGUUCAUGUGCCAAACAUCUAGUAUCGAUUUCUUGGUGAAGCAAGACUUUGAUUUCAAUAAGUUGUUCAAACACGGAAUUUCGUACUUAAAACCCGAAGCGGAAGAGAAGAUGAAGAAGGCCAUCGAAGACCGCCAAAUCACCCGCAAGUCGAAUGACACGCCCAACGCCCAACAUAUUCCCAUUCCCGAAGCCAUGGAGACGUACAUCAACGAGAUCAAAACCAAGAUCCAGACAUUCAUCCAGGGUAAUUCCAACACCUUAUUCCUGGAGAAGUCCAAUGCGUUCCAAAGACGACUCAUUUAUCAAGUGGCUCGUGAGGAAUUCACGGGGAUCUUCCUGGAAAGUGUAGCCGUGGGACGGGAUCGGGUCAUCAAGAUCACCAAGAUGGAUGCCAAUGAACACGCUCAAAAAGAUCUGGAUCGCAACCAAUCCGAGUUUGAUGUCUUGGAUGAGGCCGUGGGGUUUGCUAAGGUCAUUCAAAAGUUGUCCCAAUCUCGUAAACCCGUGGUGGGACACAACAUGUUCCUGGACUUGUGCUAUACUCUCAAUCAGUUCGUUUGCACUCUCCCCGAGAGUUAUUCCGAAUUCAAACACUUGGCCAAUAAGACGUUUCCCAUUUUAGUGGAUACCAAGACCAUGGCCACGCAGUAUCCUUUCCGCGACGAGAUCUUUAAUUCUUCUUUGGAGGAGCUCAAGAACACUCUGAUGACGGCUCCGUUUCACAUGCCGGACGUGAAGGCUGUGUCCGUGGAUUCUGGAUAUGAAUUGGAAUCCGAGAAAUAUCACGAAGCCGGCUAUGACGCCUUCAUCACGGGUUUAUGUUUCAUCGCCAUGUCCAAUCAUUUGGGGACGUUGUCCAAGGAGUUGGGCCCAAAACCACGUUUAAUGCCGGAUUCGCCGUUGUUGAAACCCUUUUUCAAUAAGAUCCACUUGAUGCGGAUUGCGGAUAUUCCUUACAUGAAUCUGGCUGGAGAAGAUAUAUCGCCAAAUCGGGACCACGUGUUUCAUGUGACUUUUCCUUCAGAGUGGAAGACGUCCGACCUUGUGAAUCUUUUCUCGGCCUUUGGUAAUGUUCAAGUAUCCUGGUUGAAUGAAAGCUCUGCCUAUGUGAGUCUUUACGACCCCACUUCGGCCAAGGAAGUAUUGAGUGCGCUCAAUUGUAGUAGUGUGUAUAAUAUCAUGACUUAUGGACAGUUUAAGAGCUUUGAGGCCAGUGCCAGUCUCACCGGGAUCACGCCCACUUUGGCCCAAUCCAAGUUGUCGUUUUCAGACAGUGUGAGUGAGUUGAAGGAACUAACCAAGAAGCGGAGCAUCUCUCCGGAUCCUGAGCCGUACAAACGCUCCAAGAGUGUGACUGAUGACGACACUCCGGUUCAAACGAGUAAGAACUUUGCGGAGUCAUCAGAUUGGUGAUAUUGUGUUAUGAAAUACAUUUUUCAAUUGAGA